AUGUCUAUGGAAAAAGAAACAAAUGGGAAUGGAAAUGGAAAUUCUUUUCUCAACAAACAUGCUUGUGCUUGCGUUUUGGCUGCUACUAUCAUCUCUGCAAUAUUUGGUUAUAUUACAGGAGUGAUGGCUGGAGCACUCUUAUUCAUAAAGGAAGAACUUGGAAUCACUGACAUGCAAGUGCAACUUCUAGCAGGAAUCUUAAAUGUGUGUGCAUUACCUGCAUGCAUGGUAGCUGGAAGGACAUCCGAUUACAUAGGUCGACGCUACACCAUCAUUUUAUCCGCCAUAAUCUUCUUCUUAGGCUCAAUCUUAAUGGGGUAUGGGCCAAAUUUUCCAAUCUUAAUGAUUGGAAGAUGCAUUGCAGGAUUCGGUGUAGGGUUUGCACUUAUUAUAACACCAGUUUAUAGUGCAGAAAUUUCAUCUCCUUCUUAUAGAGGCUUUUUAACUUCUCUCCCUGAUGUUUCCAUCAAUGCAGGUUUCUUAUUUGCUAUAGUUGAAAGUUCUAAACUAGGAGAAGAACCAUUAUGGGCCAUAGUUUUUAUUGUUGUUGUUAUGUACGUUUUGGUGGCUUUUGUUGCAAUUGGAAUUGGACCUGUGACAUGGGUUUAUAGCUCUGAGAUAUUUCCACUAAGGUUGAGAGCACAAGGUUUGGGGGUUUGUGUGGCUGUGAAUAGAGUUACAAAUGUGGCAGUGGUUACAAGUUUUAUUUCAAUUUAUAAGACCAUAACAUUAGGUGGAACUUUCUUUAUGCUUGUGGGGAUUAAUGCUUUGGCUUGGUGGUUUUACUAUUCUUUCUUGCCUGAAACUAAGGGAAGAUCAUUAGAAGAUAUGGAGACUAUCUUUGGGAAAGAUUCUAAGUGUGAGGUGCAAAUGAAAUUUGGAAGCAACAAUGCAUAG